AUGACGGAGCCCUUCCCCCCCCUCACCACGGCCGCGCCCGCACACACCGGAGGAGGCGUCGCCCGCAGAAGGCGAAAGUCCAGCGGGCUGGGAGCCGACCUGCCUGGCGACGUGGACGUGCCCAGCUUCGCGACCAGCCGGCGGCUCGACGGCCUGGCGGACAGGCUGAAGAGCCCCGUGGACGUGAAGGCCGACAGAUCCCUCCGCCGCUCCAAACGCCGCUCCCUCCGCCGCGGCCUCGCCAAGUUCAGGCGGGCCUGCGUGCGACACACUUGGCUGCUCCCGCUCCUCCUCCUGCUCGCCACCCUCGCCCUCUACCUCGUGUACCCCCACCCCUCGAACCCCGUCUCCGCCUGCUUGUUCCUCUCCUACCCGCUGUCGCCCUCGGACCCCCUCAUCCCCGCCUCGGCCCGCGCCGACCCCCAUGCGCCCACCCACUACGGCAAGGGCGGCCGCGACUUUGCCUUUGUCGCCUUCUACAUCGUCGUGCUGAGCUUCACGCGUGAGUUCUGCAUGCAGCGCCUCAUCCGCCCCAUGGCCGUCGCCUGUGGCAUCAAGGGCCGCGCAAAGCAGUCCCGCUUCAUGGAGCAGGCCUACACCGCCCUCUACUUUGGACUGUACGGGCCGUUUGGCGUGUGGGUCAUGAGCCGCAGCCCCGUGUGGUACUUCAACACCACGGGCAUGUACCAAGGCUUCCCCCACCGCGCCCACGACGGCGUUUUCAAAGCCUACUACCUCCUCCAGGCCAGCUACUGGGCCCAGCAGGCCAUCGUGCUGCUGCUCAUGCUGGAGAAGCCGAGAAAGGACUUCAAGGAGCUGGUCGCCCACCACAUCAUCACCAUAUCUCUCAUCUGGCUGAGCUACCGCUUCCACUUCACCUACAUGGGUAUUGCCGUCUACAUCACGCACGACUUGUCCGACUUCUUCCUCGCCACCUCCAAGCUCCUCAACUAUGUCGACUCCCCCAUCGUCGGCCCCUACUUCUUCGUCUUCAUGUGCAUCUGGGGCUACCUGCGCCACUUCAUCAACCUCAAGAUUCUGUACUCCAUCCUGACCGAGUUCCGCACCGUCGGCCCCUACGAGCUGAACUGGGACACGCAGCAGUACAAGUGCUGGAUCUCGCAGUACAUCAGCUUCGCGCUGCUCGCCUCGCUGCAGGCCGUCAACCUGUUCUGGUGGUUCUUCAUCUGCCGCAUCGCCUACCGCUUCAUCGUCUUCAAGGACGCAGACGACGAUCGCAGCGAGUACGAGCCGAGCGAGGACGAGACCGACGCGCGGAAGGCCGAGGUCAAGACUCUGAACGCCGACGGUGUGAGCGCAAACGGCGUCAAGCGCGGGAUCGAGAAUGUCGAUGCCCCGAGUACGCCAUUGCAGACCAGCGAAGCUAAGCAGCCCGAGACAAUCGGCUCGCGUGUCAAGCAGCGGAAGAAGGGCGGCCAGUCGUAG